UUGAAUGAUCAUUUUUAUAAAUUUUAUGAUGAAUUAUUUUGCAGUAACGGAGAACGAUACGUUGCUUCUGAUGAACGUCUUGGACCAGUCGGAAGUGAAUCGGAAACUUCAUCUCAAGCACAAUAUGACACAAAUUCACAAACUUCUGUUCCAACUCGAUUUUACACAUACAGUACUCUUCCGACAUCAUCAUACAAGGUAUCAGCAACAGUUGGACCAAUUAGUGAAAGUAAUUCAGCCAUCGAUGUACGACAACUGGAAACAUCAAGUAGUAUGCCUAAAUUACCUUUGAAAAAAGUUUCUUCGUUUCCAGAUCCACCACCUAAUUUUAUUCUCAAUAAAGAAAUGGCAAUAGAAUACGAUAAAAAUGGUCGUCGACAUUACAUUCCGAAGGAUAUUUCACGUUCAGCGUCACGUGAUAUACAUGAAGACAUUGAUUUGGUUGCAAAAAGUCAUUCAAAUGUGAACGGAGAUGACGAUACAUUAAAUGCAGAGCUGUGUCCAAGAAGGAGCAGUUCAGGCACAAAUAUAUUAUAUAAUAUACGUCGAGUGGAGUUAGCACGUGGUGCACAGCCAUCUGUACGCUUAUUGGCAAAAGCAUUCGAAACAAUGGAAUCAAAUACGUCAAAAGGUUCCUCAAAUUCCAAGCGUUCCUUAUUUGGUAUACGUAAAUCACGUUCAGUUGAGACGACUGAAACGGCAAAAGACAGUGUCGUCAAAAGCGUUUUACCACCUGGCACCCCUGGGCAUGUAGCAGUAACUGUACUUGGUCGAAAUACAUCACUUAGCCAAAUCGAAGAGUUAAUGGGUAGUCAAUCACCAUUUGGUACCAUCCCACGCGGAAGUCGAAAUCUAUUCAGAAAUAUGGGAACGAAAUUAAUAGAGCGAGUACGAAGAAGUUUGAGUAGAUCAAAUUCUAAAUGUCGCAGUAGAGAUCUAUCAGUUGAAAGCAAUCGAAGUGGACAAAAGAAUUGUGAAAAACAGAACGCUGAGUUACUUCCAGAUUCUACUGGAAACAUAGCUAAAAAUGAGGCAAUGAAAUUUUGA